GACCUUACAACUUUGUGUAUGGCCAAAACUGAACUAGUGUAUUCAGGAACGGCCACAUAGACAUAGCCAGGAACACAGAACAGAAGAAGCUGACUGGCUGAGGCUCCACCCCCUCACCGCUGUUUUUAUAACGUGCUUUCCAACAGUUAAAAACUACUACUCACAACUGUCGCCAAAAACCCACGCUUUCCCAUUUCUUUGCGUUCUGUGAGGUAUCUGAGAAAGGAGAGCCAGGGAGAAAGAUGUGGUUCUUUAGAAGAAAAGGGCCAUCUGGGUUCUCAUCCUCUUCAACGGCAGAAGAAGUUACUCAAGGGAUUGAUGCCAGUGGUCUCACUGCCAUUGUUACAGGAGCAUCCAGUGGUAUUGGCACCGAAACUACACGCGUUCUUGCACUGCGUGGUGCCCAUGUGAUUAUGGGAGUGAGGAAUAUGGCUGCUGGUAAAGAUGUGAAAGAAGCAAUAGUUAAGGAAAUCCCCACUGCCAAAAUUGAUGCCAUUGAAUUGGAUCUCAGUUCAUUAUCAUCUGUGAGGAAAUUUGCCUCAGAGUUUAAUUCCUCUGGUCGUCCUCUAAACAUUCUAAUUAACAAUGCAGGAAUUAUGGCCACCCCUUUCAUGCUUUCGAAAGACAACAUAGAACUUCAGUUUGCCACAAACCACGUAGGUCAUUUUCUUUUGACCAAUCUUUUAUUAGAUACUAUGAAAAAAACAGCACGUAAAAGCAGCAAAGAAGGGAGAAUUGUAAAUGUGUCCUCAGAAGCUCACCGGUAUCCAUAUCGGGAAGGAAUCCGUUUUGAUAAAAUUAACGACCCAUCAGGGUACAGCAGUUUUGCUGCAUACGGUCAAUCCAAGCUUGCUAACAUUUUGCACGCUAAUGAGCUUGCAAAACGUUUAAAGGAAGAUGGAGCAGAUAUAACUGCAAACUCACUUCACCCUGGUGCAGUUGUUACGAAUCUUUUCCGUCACAACAGCACCAUUAAUGGUAAGCCCUUCACUUUAGCACGAAAACUACAUGAAAAAAAGAGAGGAAACUUUGACGAGGGAGCAGCAACAACAUGCUACGUAGCACUGCAUCCACAAGUGAAGGGGGUAACAGGUGAAUAUUUUUCAGACAGUAACCUAGCCAAGCCAAGGCCACAAGGUCAAGACGCGGACUUGGCGAAGAAACUCUGGGAUUUCAGCAUGGAUUUGGUGAAAUGAUUUUCUGGAAACUCAUCACAUAAUACUGUAAUUGCUAUAUAAACAUUCACAUAAUGCACAUUGGAUAUUCCCUUCAAACGACAGAUUUGUUUGUCGUUUGACAUCUUGUAUUAACUUCAAAAAUUUCAUCUUUCAAUAUACUCAUACCCUAAAA